CUGUACCAACUUUAAAUUGUAAACCCUAGAACCAAACCUACAAAAUGUGUCGUUUCAAAAUAAACAGAUAUGUUAUUAGUUUAUCUUGAAACGAGUUAUUUUAACAAUAAAGUCUCAAAAUGUCAGAGGACCGCUUGGUAACCGAAGUUCCAAGCAGUUUAAAACAACUCGCGAGAUUGGUGGUACGAGGCUUCUAUUCCAUUGAUGAUACUCUCAUUGUCGAUAUGCUUGUAAGAAACCCCUGCAUGAAAGAAGGUGAUCUAUGCGAAUUACUAAAAUUUGAUCAAAAGAUGCUCCGCGCCCGAAUAGCGACUUUAAAAAACGACAAGUUCCUGCAAGUCCGUCUCAAAAUGGAAACCGGAAGCGAUGGCAAAGCGCAAAAAGUAAACUAUUACUUCAUCAAUUACAAAACAUUUGUGAAUGUAGUAAAAUACAAAUUAGAUUUGAUGCGCAAACGUUUAGAAACCGAGGAACGUGAUGCCACAAGUCGCGCCAGUUUUAAAUGUCCCAGUUGUUAUAAAACUUUCACAGAUCUAGAAGCAGAUCAAUUGUUUGACUUCAUGACGUCCGAAUUCCGCUGCACAUAUUGCCGAGAAGUUGUAGAAGAAGAUGGAUCAGCCAUGCCCAAGAAAGACUCCAGAUUACUGCUGGCAAAGUUUAAUGAGCAGUUAGAACCCUUAUACAUCUUACUCAGGGAGGUGGAGGGCAUUAAACUAGCCCCAGAAGUAUUGGAACCUGAACCAGUUGAUAUCAACACAAUCAGAGGCCUGGACAAGAAACCAAUGCCUUCUUCCGAAACCUGGAGUGGAGAAGCCACUAGAAACGCAGGCUUUGCCGUGGAGGAAGCUCGCGUUGACGUUACAAUCGGCGAUGAUUCAGCAGCGUCAAAUGUCGUCAGCCGCAAAGAACAACCAAUUUGGAUGUCCGAAUCCACAGUAAUUACCAACGCCGAAGCGGAUGCAGCGCGUUCAAUUGGUGGUGAAGGCAGUUCGGAAGAGACCGAGACCAGCAAUGCUAAAUCAGAUGACAUCAUGAGCGUAUUAUUAGCGCAUGAAAAGAAAGCAAACAGCAGCAAUACAUCAAACGCACUCAAAGGACUCGGAAACCGCGAUGAUUCCGAUUCCAGCGACGAAGAAAUGACUGAGGUGAAGACUGGCGACAUGGAGGAAGAAGUUGAAACGAUGGACAGCGAAGAGGAAGACGAUAGUAACGUCCCACACGUGAAAGUCGGCUCUCAGACUUACGCUGUCACCGAGAUCAACGACGCCAUUAUUGCACAGAUGACGCAGAGUGAGAAAGAGAUUUACGUGCAAGUCUUUCAAGAUUACUACUCACACAUGAGUUAUUAAUAUUAAUAUUACGUUAAUUAAUUAAGAAAGAAUCAAUCCAAUAAAUGAAUCAGUUGGAUUGUUUGUUGUCAGCACAACUUGAUUUUAUUCCAAAAUAAUUCACUUGUAACUCAA